AUGGGAUUCGCUUCCCGUUUUCUCCGCAUUCCGCGACCAGAGUCCUUUCUCUAUGUGAUGAGCUUAGAGACUGGCGCUUCACUGAUCACCCUUUCACUGCUUUUGAAUAAAAUUAGCGGUCUCUAUGGCCUAUUAGCUCUGCUGACCGGUUAUCACCUCUCACCGGUACAACUGUCAAUGUACAUUUGGUCCCUUCUCGCCCUCGGACUCGCCGCACUCUUGUUUCCCCAUAUUCGCAAACAGUCGCCUCUACAAUGCCUCGCCCUCACCUAUCUUUAUGUAUUCGACAGCCUAAUUAAUGCCGCCUAUACUGCCGCCUUCGGUGUGACUUGGUUCUUGGUGGUGUCGCAACAUUACGACAGUGGCAAAGCCGCCGGCCCAGGGGGCGACACGAUUGCCCAGACCGCUGGCUUCACCAGCCCCAAGUACGAUGCAGCCUACGUCGAAAUACAGAACACCAAAGAAGGCAAUAACUUCGUCGCUCAUCCCCCGCGUGCCGCCGAUGAUCUCAGCAAUGUCGUCCUUCAGCCCGAGAGUCUCCAAAGUAUCAUUUUCAUCUGCCUUUUGUGGGUGAUUCGCAUCUACUUUGUUCUGGUGAUGCUCGCCUUUGCGCGCCAGGCCCUCCGCCUCUGGGUCGCGAUCCCCCGACACACCCAACUCCCCACACACAGUCGCAACGUCUCAGUCGCCAGUGUCGCCGAUAUCGACCGAGAGCCUUUCUCCCCUUAUAGCCCCGAUGGGCAGGGCUGGCAAGGUAAGCUGGGUCGCAUUAUGAUCGGUAUCGGCCACAGCUACUGGUUGGGUGAAGAGGAAGAUGGCAACUGGCUUAGCGGUAUCAACCACAAGUUCCUCAACCGUUCGGGCAACACGGAGCUGCCCGGGGCUUUGGAACGAGAGCGGAGACGUCGUUCUGGAACAGGACCUCCUCAACCGUCGCCGUCCCUUGUGCGAUCAACUGUUCUUCAGCAACCAAUCCCUGAACAUGGCAAUGGCAUGAAUGUCAAAAUGCAAGAUUGGACCGCGCCUCGGUAA